UUUUCUCUCCAUAUUAUAUAUCUUAUAAAAACCAAUUAUUUGUUAAACAAAGUUAACACGUCUCUUGUAUGAUGACCGUGUAACAGAGAGAAGACUAUACAACUUAAAUUAUGUAUUACCACGAUCUCGCGUUUAUGUUUUUAUGUAAAUUGAUUUUAUAUGUGAUAAAUUAGAAAUAAUCUCAUAUUUUAUAACAUAUUGUAAAUAACAAAUGUGUCAUGUAUUCCAGUUGUGUAAUAAUCAUAGAAGGAAAAUUGAAUUAUAUAAACCAUUUGAAAAUCAUUAUAUACGCGCUAUACAACAUCUAUAUACAUAUUUGUUGUCUCAAUACGCGAAACCGAUUUACCGCUAAUGUGUGGAAAUAGAUUUUAAUCUCGGUAUUACGGCACUCUGCCUCGAUGGAAUCUCAUUGUUCGACGGGUUGCCGUCGAACGAACAGAUUCCCCCGAACACACAGGAAGAAGCGUAACAACCGGAAGCUGAAGCCGGAACAGUGUAGACGCACUUUUAUUUGGUUUUGAUACUGUGAUCCUGGAAAACCGUACAGUUCGCAUCUUGUUAGUAGACAGAUAUCACACUCUGCCGGUCGCAUAAUUGCCAUCCAAACAUUUCCUCGCAACGGCGCGAGAAAUGAACCAAUCGUUCUGAAAAUCGAAGAGUUCAGUUCGAGAAGAGAUAAACUACCGAGAACAUCUAAUAGAUAUUUCGUAUUUAAAGUUGUGUAUGUGUGAACCUGGCCGAUGAUAAAAUUCUCUUCUUGCGCGCGAAUUUUUUUCUAUCUGAUCUUUCUACCACCUAAUAUUGUGAUGGUUCGUUUAGUUUGUUAUCCAUUUAAAACUGUUGUCUUUCGUAUACUUCAAGUGUGAGAAAACCUAUUAAAUGGAACGAGCGAGAGAUCAAAAACGAGAUAUUUUUCGAAGGAUUUCUAUAUUUAGAUCGUCUCGGGAGUAGAAUUGAUCGAACACAUCUACCGCCAUCAAUCUUGCUCUGUUUACGAAUCAUCAUCCUUUCCGCACAGGAAAAAGUAAUUCCGUUAGAGAAUUCGAUGUUAAAACUAUCGUUCAUGAAUUUUGAGAAUUUCGAUAAUCGAGUAACGAACGACACAUGACGCGCACACGUAUAAGUUUCGUGAUAUUAAAUAAGUGCUUCACAGAUUAAAUUCGAAUAGUGCAUCAACGUGUACACGAACAUGUGGUGGAUCUUGUUAUUGAGUUGCUGGCAGUGUCCCUUGUCAUGGAGCAUGACUUGGUAUCCACUGGCUCGUUUGAACACGAUGCUUGGAGAACAGAUCGAUCUCGUGGGUGCCAACAACGCGACAUACGCACCCUGGAUAAGGAGUACCGCGAACAACGGAGUCAAUGACGCGGAAUCUAUCGAUUCCGGACAGUCUCCUGUUAAUUCCGUCGAUCGUGAUCGCGAACCGCUAGACGAAGUGGAGCGGAUCGAGCCUAGGCAGUGGCCGGGUCGGCCGGAUAUCCUGCCGACCCGCAGCACCGCGCCUUUCACCACGGAGGGGUCUCUAUUGCCCAGAUUUCCGCAGCCUACCACGUUGGCGCAAAGAAACCCUUCCACGCAAAGAUAUCCUACGAUUACUGCACCACCUCCAACGGUCGUCAUCGACGAAGCUAUCUGCGAUUUUGAACCCAAUCCGUCGAUGCCGCUUUGCGAGUGGCAAAAUGGUAACGGCGCUUUAGAUUGGACUCUGGGUACCGGAAUAAACACAAACUGGCUAGGUGGACCAUCGAUGGAUGCCAGUGGCACUAUGGAGGGAGGAUACGCUUUUCUGGAGACAUCGCAAAUACCUUUGAAGAACAUAAAAUUCAAGAGUCAAGGAGGUCUUUUGCACAGUCCUCAGUUAGGCAGCACAGGAGUAACCGGUACUUGCUUGAUGUUCAAAUACGCAAUGGACGGUCUGAGCAUCGCGGGAUUGCGCGUACUGCUCCACGUUGGAGCUGACGAGUUCUCAUUCAAGAAGGAACAACCCGAAGAACUGCCCGUAGAAAAUGUCACAUCUCCCGCAUCCUGCGAGCCGGAAGUUGUGGAAGUUGCGGAGGAACGUGUACUAUGGCACGCGCAAUAUUAUACGCUCGGAGUGUGGCAGGAUACUCAAAUACUCUACACUUAUCCCGAAUUACAUUCGGUGGUUAUCGAAGGUAUACCGGUAGACUCCACAGACCCCUCACGUCUAUAUCGUGGAUACAUCGCUAUCGAUGACAUAGAUCUGCAGUCUGGCACGUUGUGCACUGGAUUUUGCAAUUUCGCAGGUGGCUUCUGCGACUGGAACAAUGACGCGGAAGACGAUUUCGACUGGACCAUAAGUCGUGGCAGCGCAAAUCCCGCGACCGGUCCGGCGAUGGACAGUUCAAGCGAUCGUGCCACAGCCGGCGGUUACGCUUUCAUCGAUUCAAGUUUUCCAAGAAGGCCCGGUGACACGGCAAAAUUAUUAAGCUCGACCUUUUCAAUGACGAGCGCGGACUCGCCGAUGUGCAUGCACUUUUGGUUUCACAUGUUUGGGUCCGGAGUUGGCUACUUGAAGCUCUUCAUACGUCAUUUUCGCAGUUCGGACAAUCAACUCCAGGAGAUAUGGGGUCUGUCCGGGAACGCCGGUAACGCUUGGUUCAUGUCGCAAGUCACAAUCAGUUCUCUCGACGAUUUCCAACUGGUUUUCGAAGCGUCAGUGGGGAAUACCGGUAUGGGGGAUAUCGCUAUCGACGAUAUCUCGUACGGGCGAGGUGCCUGUCCCGUUUCACCGCAAGUGGCCGGUCCAAUACCUCGGGAUUGCACGUUCGAGGUCGACGAGUGUGACUGGAUCAACUCGCGAGAUCCGGAUCGUGUCGAGUGGGAAAGAGUGUCCACCCAGGUGUUAGGACCGAGAAAUCAGAGGAAGCCGUACAGCAACGGUCAUACUGUUAAUAGACGCAACGAAUACUUUUUGGGACUUGGACGUCUUCGGGGAGGUCCACGAUCUUCGGGCGGUGGCACCGCUCAGCUUGUCAGUCGAGAAAUGACGGGUUCCGAAGAACCGUUGUGCAUCACAUUCUGGUACUUCAUGUUCGAACCGUUUAUCGAUUCCACGGGACCUAGCUUGGGUAAACAAAAACAGAGUCUCCUAAAGAAGAUCAAAAGAUAUUUAUUCAGCAAAAUUGAGAGAAAAGUUUUUAAUUUUAUAGGUGUUCUGAGAUUGUAUGUUCAAGCAAUCGGUGAUCUCUCGACAGAAGCGAAGCCAAUAUGGCAACUGUACAAUAAUCAAGGUCCUACGUGGAACUACGCUCAGGCUAGCAUUACUGAAAAAGCAAAUUUCAAUAUCAUAAUUGAGGGCAUUUGGGGUCCGAACAGAGCAAGUGGUAACAUAGGAAUCGACGAUAUCGCUUUUUAUAUAGGAGAUUGUAGCGUGAAGCCACUUGGUGCGACCGUUCGUGCGGAAGACUGCAGCUUCGAAAAAGGUCUAUGCGGUUGGGAAAAUAUAACCGCUUCCGAUGACAAUCGAGCCGUGAUGUGGCAGCGCGCGUUUCUUACCCAUCGACCGGCCCAACUGUUGGACAGAACUUUUGGCGCGACAGGCGAAUUCGUGUUCUUUGACAUAUUCACAACAAACAAAGAAUCGACAAAGGUUCAGUUGCGAUCUCCGGUCAUCGCUGUCUCGCCUGAUGAAGAGUUCGUAUGUUUCACCUUCUGGUUCGCUGCUUUUGGCGUGGAAGAGUCUACUGCUUUGCGGGUGAUCAAAGUACCUGCUGAAGAUGGCAAUGAAGAUAACGAAAACGAACAAGAACAAUCGUUGUGGUCACUGACAGCCAAGGGAUUCAACACUCCUCGACCGGUGUGGAUGGCGGCCCAAGUAACGAUUGAAGCGCGAACUUCAUAUCGACUUAUUCUCGAAGGAAGCGCCAGCAAUGGAGGCUUCGCCGUUGACGACAUAAAGUUUCAGCCUCUGGCUUGCGAAAGUAAAAAUAAAGUAGAAACUUCGGUAAUAACUAUGCAAACGCAUAUAAUACAACAGAUUGUUACAUAUUCUUUUUUUUUUUUUUCAGUUAGACCUACUAGUGCACAACCAGUCGAAACCGAGGCUUCGCAAUAAACGAGACUGCGUAGUAAAUGCGAAAUUUCUCAUAACAUUAGAAUGUUUUCGCAGAUUAUCGUUAUUAAUAUUUAUAUAUAUUAUAUAUUUUUCUUUCUAUAAUACUAAUAAAAUAACAUGCAAUAAAAAUUCUUAAAACAAAUUAUCCUCACAAGUCACUUACUUGUGAUUCAAAUACUUGUUGAUCAAAUAUGUUUGAAAAGUAUUUGCAAAAUAUU